AUGAACUGGGCCAAACAACAGCUGGCCAAUGUGGCCGGCACCCAAGAGCCCAUCUACGGACCCUCCGCGAUACAAUCCGUCACCGAGCAAGCGAAGGACGUUCCCUACACGGAGCUGACGAAAGAGGACCUGCGAUGGGUUGCCAUGGAUUCAACGUCCGUUGAGACGCAGACGUUCUAUCUCAUGGCCGAUAGCGGGCACAUUGGAAUGGCGCAGGUGAUAUACAGCAAUGUAGGAGGCAUCCGGACUACGUGCCAGUUCAACAGCAAGAUUCACUACAUGGACGGGAAGACGCCGAACCUCUGGGCAAGCGAUCCACUCAAGAACUACCGCUUCGACGAUUCAAAGUUUUCCUUCUACGCCGACAGCUGCGCACUAGAACUAUCUGAGGAUGGGUCAUCCUACACUAUCAAGUCGUCGACCAACAGGAGGAGCGUGGUUGAUCUAAAAGUAUCGAGAGUCGCGCCUGGGUUCGUGGUAGGAAAGAACGGAACGAGCUAUUUCGGCACCGAUCCGAAGGCGCCCUGGGGCUCAAUGCGCCAUGCUUUCUGGCCAAGAUGCAGAGUCGAGGGCAGCAUGAUGACACAAACAGGGGAAGUCAACUUCAAUGGCAAAGCUUUUUUCGUGCACGCUCUGCAAGGAAUGAAGCCACAUCACGCAGCCGCACGGUGGAACUUUGUCAACUUCCAGUCUCCCACAUACUCCGCCGUGAUGAUGGAAUAUGUUACGCCUCCUUCCUACGGAUCUACAGUCGUCAGCGUUGGCGGUGUUGCGACAGACGACGGAAUCAUAUUUGCUGGCAGUUCGAGUACGGUGAAGCACACGGAGAUCAAAGGCGACCCGGACAACGACUGGCCCGAACCCGGUGCAGCGAACUAUCAUUGGGAGGGCAAGACCAAGGACGGCGAAGAGGCUCAAGCAGAUCUCGGCGGUUCUUUAGGCACGCGACUUGACCGGGUCGACGUGAUGGCUGAGGUCCCACCGUUCGUGAAGGCUAUUGUCGCCAGUGCGGCAGGCACAAAGCCGUACAUCUACCAAUACGCACCGAAGCUUACACUAAAGGUGAAGAUCGGAGACGAAGUCAAGGAAGAAGACGGAUUGUUGUUCACCGAGGCAACCUUCAUCUCAUGA